AUGCAAACGCCUCCACUAAUCAAGUUAGUUAAUGAGAUGAAGCAACGUGUUGUGGUAAAACGAGAGGAAAUUUCCGUGCAAACUCCCAUUUUCAGAAGCAAAAUCCAGGAGGACGAGGGACCAGGAGGACGCAUGAGACAAGACUUAGGAAUUUCAUAUGAAUUUUUUGAGUGGAGAAACGGUGAUUACGUCCCACUAAAUGAGCAUAUUCAUGUGCAGCAAAUGAAGGACUUACAAGUUAUUGACUCUAGCCACUAUCAAUUUUCUGGAGUAAAUAUGACUGGAGUUCGAUUAAUUGGAAAUAAUAAUUAUAUACCUAAUAUCCAUAAUGUCCAAACACAUCAAGAAUCAAAUGAAUUUGCAAUUCGUGUUGAGACAGCAUUAAUUGUUGAUGCAACGACCAUUUUUUUUGAAGGAUACCAACGCUUACAGUAUGCUACAAACGGAGAGUCAAAGCCAAUUUUAUGCAAUUCUAAUGAAAAUUGGGAAUAUGGAAUAAGUUUAAGUAAUUUUCUAAAAUCGGUUGAAGUAGAAGGGUUAUCUGGAUUCAUUGCCUUUGAUACUGCUGGAUUCCGGAGUAAAUUUGAAUUAGAAAUAUUCAAAAUUAACGAUAAAGGCCUUGAAUUAGUUGGAAGGUGGAAUUCAUCAAAAAAUAUAGAAUGGAUUUUAAGUGAGUCUGUAAAUAUUGAAUCAGACAUGCUAAGCCUUAAAAAUACAACAUUUAGAGUGCUUAUUGCUUUGACAAAACCUUAUGGUAUGUUAAAAGAAACAGUUUCAAAAAUGUCUGGCAACGAUCAGUAUGAAGGAUUUGCAGUUGAUAUUAUAUACGAAAUAAGUAAAAUGCUAGGAUUCAACUACACAUUUUCUGUACAAGCAGAUAAUGUUUAUGGAUCAUUAAAUCAGAAAACAGGGCAAUGGAAUGGAAUGUUGAGAAAAGUCAUUGAUAAUGAAGCUGAUCUUGCUAUAACUGAUCUAACUAUUACAGCUGAGAGAGAAACAGCGGUGGAUUUUACGAUGCCAUUCAUGAAUUUAGGUAUGUUGUAUGCCAAUAGCAUACGAAAUGUUACAAUAAGUUUCAUUUCUAUGUAA